GGAGGGGCGAGCUGCCAGUGACGUCACCUCCGGUAGUACAGCAGCGCACAGUGUGUAAAAGCAGAGCAGCUGACGAGCAGGCACCAUGGCAGGCCGGGAAAAUGUCAGUUUGGUGUUCAAGCUCUACUGCUUGCUGGUGAUGACCCUGGUGGCUGCUGCCUACACGGUGGUACUGCGAUACACAAGAACAGUGACCACCGAGAUGUACUUUUCUACCACAGCGGUUUGCGUGGCGGAAGUUAUUAAAUUACUACUGAGUUUAGUCAUCUUGGCAAAAGAAACGGGAAGUCCCAGCAGACUGAUUGCCUCUUUAAGAGAGAACGUCUUGGGAAGUCCGGUGGAGAUGCUCAAGCUGUCGGUGCCGUCCGUGGUAUAUGCUUUACAGAACAACAUGGCCUUCGUGGCAUUGAGUAAUCUUGAUGCAGCCGUUUACCAGGUGACGUACCAGCUAAAAAUUCCGUGUACCGCUUUAUGUACCGUACUCAUGCUGAACCGCUCCCUUAGCAAACUCCAGUGGCUCUCCGUCUUCAUCUUAUGCGGUGGGGUAACACUUGUGCAGUAUAACCCGGCUGAGACCACACUGGUCAAGAUUGAACAGAAUCAUUGGCUGGGAUUUGGUGCUGUGGCAGUUGCAGUGCUGUGCUCCGGAUUUGCUGGAGUGUAUUUCGAGAAGGUGUUGAAGAGUUCUGACACUUCCCUAUGGGUGAGAAACAUCCAGAUGUACAUCUCUGGCAUCAUAGUGACAUUAGCCGGUGUCUUUCUUACCGAUGGACAAGCGGUCAUAGAAAAAGGAUUUUUCUAUGGCUACAAUCCUCUUGUCUGGCUUGUAGUAUUGCUGGCGAGUGUUGGUGGUCUCUACACGUCAGUUGUAGUGAAAUACACAGAUAAUAUCAUGAAAGGCUUCUCAGCAGCUGCCGCCAUUAUCAUCUCAACCAUCGCGUCUGUGCUGCUCUUCGGAUUGCAGAUAACGUUAACUUUCGCUCUUGGGGCACUGCUUGUUUGCAUAUCCAUAUAUACAUAUGGGUUACCCAGAAAAGAUACAACAAAGCUUGAAAUUAAGGACACCGGCAGCAGUGAAAAACUAAUCAAUGUUUCAUGGUCCAUGGAUGGAUGAACUUCAGUGCAACUGUAAAUAUACAGUGUAGUUAUUGUAUUAAUUUCUUCUGAUGCUUUAAUCCAAGAGGUCAACCAUGUUGCGCAGUUGUUGCGCUACUUUGAGAAGCACAUUACAAAUGAAUGUGAAAUAUGCGGCGCAAUUGUAUAUAAAGUUCAAUCAGUACUUGUUUUAAUUCCAAUGUGGCUAUAUAUCGUUUGUUAUGAGGGAUCCACAUGAGUUGACAGCUUUGUGGUGAUGGUGGACAGAAUGGAGAUACACAGACUAAAGUCCUACGAGUGCACAUAUAAUGGAACUAAUCAUAGAAAUGAUGUCCACUAAGACAAUGCUCAUGAGGCAAGUUCCUGGAUCAAAGGCUACAACGUUCCCGUUCAUGCUCCUCUUGUCAGUGUCUCUACCACCCUUGUAACUCAUCUUAGGGAUAUUUUGCUCUUGUGUU